GUCGGCGCUCUUUGAUGUUGGGAGUCCUCGCCUUGUCUUGAGCUCAAAUGCACUAUUUGUUGCUGCCUGGCUGCAUUACAUUCAACGUGCAGGGCCGCUCCACAGCAGAGCAACUUUUGUUGAGUUUUAUACUUUGGCCGUAUCUGAGUGCAACAAACUUGGGAGGUUUAGGUUAAUAGAAAGUUUCGGGGUUUUUUUUUCUAUAAGGAGCGCACCGCUGAUUAGGCUAGGACAAUAUUUUGUUAUUUUCAAAGCAACAUGCCUCAGCUCAGCAGCGGCGGAGGAGAUGAUCUCGGAGCGAACGAUGAAAUGAUAUCCUUUAAGGAUGAAGGCGAUCAAGAUGAGAAAAUUCAAGAAAACGCUUUCACAGAAAGGGACUUAGCUGACCUCAAGUCGUCUCUGGUGAAUGAAUCCGAGACGAAUCAAAGUCCGAACGCAGCGGCGGUCAGACGGGGACAGCAAAACGAACACAGAGGUUAUCAAGAGAAACACCGGGAGCAUCUCGACGGCGUUUCCAAACAUCAAGAUGGAGGAAUGUACAAAACAGCGUAUCCGGGGUACCCGUUUCUCAUGCUGCCUGACCCAUACAUCCCCAACGGAUCCAUGUCCCCAUCUUCCAACAAAGUUUCAGUGGUCCAGCAAUCUCACGGGAUGCACCCCCUGACGUCCCUGUUGCCGUACAGCAAUGACCACUUCAACCCCAGCCCCCCUCACCUGCCCACAGACAUGAGCCAGAAAGGCGUUCACAGGCCCCAGUCCCAGGACAUCUCAGGCUUCUACUCCCUACCUCAGGGCGGUGUGGGACAGAUGCCCCCCUCCAUGGGCUGGCAAAGUCAGCCUGUCUAUCCCCUGUCCUCAUGUGGAUUCAGACAGCCCUACUCCUCCAGUCUCCCCAACAGCUCUUCCUACCCCAGGUUCUCUCACUCUCUGAUGCUAGGGCCAGGCAUGCACUCAACAGGGAUCCCCCAUCCAGCCAUCGUGCCACCUUCAGGCAAACAGGACCAUUACGACAGGAACGUGUACGCUAAGCCACACCAGGAACCCAAGCGGGAGAAGGAGCCUAAGAAGCCAGUGAUCAAGAAGCCUCUGAAUGCUUUCAUGCUGUACAUGAAGGAGAUGAGGGCCAAGGUGAUCGCUGAGUGCACGCUGAAGGAGAGCGCUGCCAUCAACCAGAUACUUGGCAGAAGGUGGCACGCUCUGACCCGGGAGGAACAGGCUAAAUACUAUGAGCUGGCCAGGAAGGAGCGGCAGCUACACAUGCAGCUCUACCCCAGCUGGUCUGCCAGAGACAACUACGAGGCGGGCCUUAGAGAGGGCGCGGGGGAAAAGAAUAAAGCUGAUUGGGGCAAGAAGAAGAGAAGAAAAAGAGAGAAGCAGCAGGACUCCACCACAGACCCUGGCUCUCCUAAGAAAUGCAGAGCUCGCUUCGGCCUCAACCAACAAACGGACUGGUGUGGUCCCUGCAGGAGGAAAAAGAAGUGCAUUCGAUACCUUCAAGGAGGAUGGUGCGCCAGCCCCACUUCUUCCGAUGGAAGCGCUAUAGACUCGCCCCCCUCCCCCGUCGACGGCGUCCCCCUCAGCACCCCUCCCUGCCCAGCUCGCCCUCGCCUGCUUCCCCCUCACACAUCCCUCUGCACCCCCAGCCCAGCAAACAACACACACCCCGUAUCCUCUCAAAACCCAAGACCACAGAACUCUCUCUCAAAGCUUUAAUAGAAUCAUCCCAACAGCACGACAAUCUCAAUCAUCAUCAUCAUGACUGUACCCUGCCCAAGUCUCACUAGCCAGCCUCACCUGUCCUGUCCCCUCUCACACUUCCUCGCACCAUCCCAACACCCCGCCAGAUAGACAGACAAAGCCCAACAUCAUCCGGACCAAACAAGGAGUGGGGAGCAAAAUGCUGGAGAAAAGACCUUCACCACAAACAUCCAAAAACAAUGACAGAGCGUUGUGUCUGGGAGAGGAUGCCAUUCACAUCAAUAUGACUAACUGACUUCUGACUGAUUUACUCAGUGCUCAUGUCAUUUUAAUAUUGCCGGGAUGAUAACUGCUUCUCUUCCUCACUGCCUAAAAUCGAAUUGAUUCCAUUUCCAAAGAUUUUUACAGAGGAGUACGGUACUCCUCCUUUUCAUAAGACUUUCAGAUGUGUCAAAGGAACCUUUUCCAGAAUAGAUAGUAUUUAUAUUGAUUAAUGAUGUAUAAGGUUGAAGCUUCAAGGUAGUGACAGUUUUUUUCACUGUGUCGACAUGUUCUUGUCUCAUCUCUAUGUUAUGUUCAUUUGUUUUAGGCACUUUCUGCUUGUCAGUCAAAUUCUUGCUAGAUACAUUAUUUUGAUGUAGGUCCCUCACAGAGAAUUAAAACAUCAUUGGUGUUUGUUCAUAAGGAUGCAGUUUGGGAGAUUCAUUUGUUUCCUGGUGUCAAAAAGCCUCCAUUAUAUAAUAAAAAAUGAAAUUCGGCAGUCCUAAACUGCCUCUGUCUGACUGAACAUUCUAUAAUCUGGGGUUUCUAAAACUAUGGGUCAGGACCCAAAGUGAGACUCUGGGAUGUUAGAGGUGGGUCGCAAUUUAUGAGAAUACAUCUACAUUCAUACACUAUUUCUUCUUAAUUUGGUUCAAUGGAGGACAAUUUGAGUCACAAGAGGACUGUUAAUUUCUCAUUUGGGUCUCAAACUGAAAAAGAUUAAAGAACCCUGCUGUAAACUAAAGACCAAAUGAGUACUAUAUUUCAUUGUGUUGUAAAGCUGUUUAAUUCCCUACAUAAAAUGUAUGUUUUGUUAUGUAAAAUAAUUAACUUUUUCUCCCAAAGUUGUUUCUUCAGUCUCUAAUUUCAGUUUUCCACUAAAAGCAAUAUAUAAUUUAUUUUACACCAGUCUUCUCAGAGAAAAACACAUUUUGUGCAGAAGUUUUGUAUUAGCUUUUCCUUUCAUUGAAGUUAUCAGAGCUGUGUCAAUCCUUUUCAGUGUGUUCAUGUUCCACCUAAGUGUACCAAAAAUAUAUGUGAAAAACAAUGGCUUUAAUUUACUGCUUGCAAGUGUCAAACCCUGCUUACUUUGGAGAUACUGUAGGCGGUGUACAGCAAGGCUUUUCUGUUUGUUCAAUCAAUGUCUAGUCCAUCAGAGGGUGCUCUAAUGUUAACACACAUCUUAGAUUUGGGGACUGCUCGUAUCAGAACGACCACACAUAAAAAAAGUGUACUGAUGUCUGUCUUAUCAAUUUUUUUUUUACACAUUGAAAGACUUCUGCCUUUGAUGUGCUCAUUUUUGUUCGAUGUAUUAAAGUAUUUUGAAAAUCUG